UCGGUUCCGGUGCCGGUGCCGCCAUGCCCGAGGCGCUGUCGCUGCUGUGCCGGGUGUCCGCGCACCCCGAGUCCCGCUGCUGGGCCCUGGCCUGGAGCCCCAGCGGGGCCCUGCUGGCGUCCUGCGGCGGGGACCGGACCGUGAGGAUAUGGGGCCGGGAGGGCUCGGGCUGGGCGUGCCGGGCGGUGCUGGCGGACGGGCACCAGCGCACCGUGCGCCGCGUGGCCUGGUCACCGUGCGGGCAGUUCCUGGCCUCGGCCAGCUUCGAUGGCACCACCUGCGUCUGGAGGCGCCACGAGCACGGCUUCGAGGUGGUGGCCACGCUGGAGGGCCACGAGAAUGAGGUGAAGUCGGUGGCCUGGGCACCCUCGGGGUCACUGCUGGCCACCUGCAGCCGUGACAAGAGCGUCUGGGUCUGGGAGGUGGACGAGGAGGAGCAGGAGUUUGAGUGUGUCAGCGUGCUGAGCGCCCACAGCCAGGACGUCAAACAUGUGGUGUGGCACCCCAGCCAGGAGCUGCUGGCCAGUGCCAGCUACGAUGACACGGUGCGGCUGUACCGCGAGGACGAGGACGACUGGGUGUGCUGUGCCACCCUGGAGGGACACACGUCCACCGUGUGGGCAGUGGCCUGGGAGCGCUCGGGCCAGCGCCUGGUGUCCUGCAGCGAUGACCGCACCCUGCGCGUGUGGCAGCGCAGCCAGGGACACGGCGCUGGCUCGGAGCACAGCUGGCAGUGUGUCUGCACCCUGUCCGGCUACCACGGGCGCAGCAUCUACGACGUGGCCUGGUGUCACCUGACGGGCGCGGUGGCCACGGCGUGCGGUGACGAUGCCGUGCGGGUGUUUGAGGAGGUGUCCCCGGUGUCCCCGGGCUCCCCGGUGACGUUCAGCCUGGCCGCCCACGUGCCGCGGGCGCACGCCCAGGACGCCAACGGGGUGGCCUGGCACCCGCGGGAGCCGGGGCUGCUGGCGUCCUGCGGGGACGACGGGGACAUCGCCUUCUGGCAGUACCAGCGCCCCGAGGGGCUCUGAGCCACCGGGGACGCCUGCGGGACAGCCCGGGGGCCUCCGGGAACCUCCUGUGGCCUCCAGGAACCUCCCGUGGCCUCCAGAACCUUCCCAUGGCCUCCAGAACCUUCCCAUGGCCUCCAGGAGCACCCAAUGUUCUCCAGAACCUUCCCAUGGCCUCCAGGAACCUUCCCGUGGCCUCCAGGAAUCUCCCGUGGCCUCCAGGAGCACCCAAUGUUCUCCAGAACCUUCCCAUGGCCUCCAGACCCUUCCCAUGGCCUCCAGGAACCUCCUGUGGCCUCCAGGAGCACCCAAUGUUCUCCAGAACCUCCCCAUGGCCUCCAGGAACCUCCCGUGGCCUCCAGGAACCUCCCGUGGCCUCCAGAACCUUCCCAUGGCCUCCAGGAGCACCCAAUGUUCUCCAGAACCUUCCCAUGGCCUCCAGGAACCUCCCAUGGCCUCCAGGACCCUCCUGUGGCCUCCAGGAGCACCCAGUGUUCUCCAGAACCUUCCCAAAUGUCCUCCAGGACCUUCCCCAGUCCCCCCAGUGUCCCCAGCCCAUCCUCGCUGUCCCUCCCCAGUUGGGUUCGUGGGGCCGGGGCGGGUUUGGGGUCCCACAGCCAAUAAACCCCAGGAUGGCCCAAAA